AUGAAGUGGGCAAUACUUGGUGUAUUGCCUAUUUUUGUUGUUGGAACGUGGUAUGUUCCUCUAGUAUUGAAUUUGUUUUAUUUAUUUCUGACUACUAUAUUUAUUAUUUUGUUAGUUUUUCUAUUAACUCUUUGGGGUCAUGUUGCACUUUCUUCUCCACAUCAAACUUCAAUGUUUUUAUUAGAAAGGGUAGAAAAAGUUGUUCGUGAAUUAGAAGAAUUCUUAAAGGAAGAUCAUAGUAACUGGCCUCAUUCAACUAAAAAGUCACAUUUACCUGUAAUUUUUGGGCGUACUGUAGAUAGUCAGCUUCAACAACUAAUUGAUUUUGUCCUGAGGGACUUCAUAACAUGCUGGUUAAAAGAAUUAUCUCAUAAACCUGAUCCAGUAAUAGAUAAGUUCAAAGAGCACAUAUGGGGUGCAAUUCAAAACCUAUAUGAGAGACUAUCUAAAGUAGAUGCAGAAAAAUUAAUUGCAGGUGAUAUGGUUACUAAAAUUACACAACACUUUGAAAGAAUAAGAAUUGCUAGGAGCUGUGCUUUGGAGCUAAACCAGCCACCAGUAUUUGCAUUGGCCCCCCAUUUAAUGUCAUGUGAAACAGAACUUCAUUAUCUACGUCAGAUCAGUGAGCUCAUCAUUAUGUUCCUCUUGCCUCGUUGCUACUCUCUGUCACCAGCUUCUCAUCUCAUGAGGGAGAUACUGGCAUGCAAAGUUUUACAACCAGCCAUAGAUCUAAUUACUGAGCCAGAUUACAUUAAUCAAAAAAUAGUACAAUAUCUGGAGGCUCAGAAAGAAGUAGAUGCCAUGCAUGUGCGUACUCACGAGUAUGCGAAAACAUUCGAGGAUUACAUAAGACUAAUAACUAACUGCAAUAAUGUCGACACUCUGAAACGGUUACGCUAUGAUAUUGUUACUCAAAUAAUGCAAGCAACUACUUUACAAAACAUGAAAAGAGCAAAAGGCAUAGACAUAGACGUCAUAGAGAAGAGUGGCGUCCAACAAAAUGUGAGCAGGCAACAGAUAAACGAUGCAAAGAAAUUGAAGAGAUACAUUAGCCAGUUGACGAUUGCGAAAGCAGAGUGUGAAACGGCUCUAAGAAAGUUGGGAUGGGAAGGAGCUUUUCCGACUGUCGAGUCUAAUAGUAAGACACUCCCUCUACACAAAAUUAUGGAAAGCGUAACAGGUCGCCGUUACCUCUCUAUGUUUCUAGAAACGAUGUGUUCCCAAGGCUUGGUAGGUUUCUGGACAGCAGUCGAAGAGUUGCGGCACAGUCCCCGCAGCAGUUGGCACCAGCUCGGCGCGGAAAUAUUCUAUACGUACAUAAGAUCGCCUAGUGCAGAAAUUAAGGUUGAUAAGGAAACAAGAAAGCGAAUGGAAUCAUUUUUACUAGGGGACAAAGGGCCAGAAGUUUUUUAUGAAGUCCAAGACACUGUUGUUGACACCAUUCAAGAAAAGUAUUACUCAUCGUUCCUUUUAAGCGAUCAAUAUACUGCUUUAAUUGCAGAACUGGCGACAGAAGAAGCUAACAAAGAAAUAAGUUCAGAGAGAUCUCCUAUAGAGGACAGGCAGUUGUCAAAUGAAUCUGUAUCAUCGGCGGAGAGCGUAGGCGGUGCGCAUCUGACCGAACACUCCACUUACGCUCGAAGGAAACUUGACCAAUUGCAAGAAAGGCACAAUAAUAAAAUACAGGCUUUAGCUGCUCUACGCGCUUCGCUGAAGCCAGACUCCCCAGCUCUAGCGAUGUUGGCAAAUGAGGUGGAAAGAUUAGCUGGGGAACAGAUGCGACUGGAAGCGCACCUGGCGCGCACUGACACCUGGGCCGAACACCUGGGCAGGUGGCGCGCCACUGUCCAAAGUGCUGAGGUGAUAGACGAAGCGAAACCCCCACAAUUUGUGAUAGUAGUUCAUAUGGCUGAACAAGAAGCAACAGCAUGUGAGGAGAGACCGGAACAGAUAUCCACAGGCUGGGUGCUAUUAAGGACACUUAACGAAUUCCAAGAGUUACAUCGAAAAUUACGGCCUUUAUGUUCAGACUUGAAAAACUUGGAACUACCUACCAAUUCAUUUAAAUUUUUAUUUGGCAAAAACGACAGAAACUCUUUAGAUAAAGCGAAGGUUUUAAUACAAAAGUAUCUAGAAUUUGUUUUAGAAGACGAUAGACUGAACCAAAGUGAAGCUUUAUAUACAUUCCUAAACCCCAGUUCAGAAUAUAUGAAACAAGGAGAUUUACCAAAGAAAAAUAAGUUCUCGUUCUCUACUUUAUUCAAAAGUACAAGCAGUGAAGCUACAAGUAGAUCGUCUCAAGAAAAGGAGGCUUUCGCUCACCUGACAGCUGAUGAAGAUGAGAUAUCUCUGUACUUGGAUGGAAAUGGCGGUGACGGCAACAAUAAAAACAUCACUGGCGCUUUACGGGGUGCUGCUAUAGUUGGAGAAGAAAGAGACAGCAUAGCUGAGCCACUAUACGCGUUGCUUAGCGAAGUGUUCGACAUGCGCGGAGUGUUCCGGUGGUUGAGGAAAACUUUAGUUACCUUUGUACAGAUCACAUAUGGCAGAACUAUUAACAGGCAAAUAAAAGAGACAAUAUCAUGGUUGUUCUCUGAACAAAUGCUGCAUUAUUACAUCAGCGUAGUCCUCAAGUCGUGGUGGCCUGGUGGUGUUUUAAGUGCUACUACGUCUAAUAGGAACUUUCAAGAUAAAGAGCACACACGGACGCUAGCGCUGCAGCAGCUGAAUGAAAGCGUAGUAUUAGCGCUUUCAUCGCUGGUCGGUGCACAGACUGCGGCACGUGGUGCCCACAAACUAUUCUAUACGCUACAGAACACGACGCAUAACAAACAGCUGUUUUAUGAACUCUUUGAAUUAGUUCUACUGGAAGUGUUUCCUGAACUCAAACGUUAUCAUUAA